GCUGCAGUGUGUUCUUUUUUUUUCCUCUUAUCUAAUGACAUAUUAGCAGUAUAUCUGAAUUGGAGAUAGCAUUAAUUAACAUUACAAACACAUGCGUAAAAAUUGUGCAUAUGUCUAAACAGCUAAACAGGAUAUAUUUUAGAAUAAUACUUUAAGAAACUGAAUUGGAGAGAACUACUAUAAGCUCUAGCAGCUUUCAAUUCAAUCUACUUGAUAUUUGUAUUGUAUGGAUGCUAUAUGUAUGGAUGUUAUAUGUCAUGUAUAUCUUGAUGAAUAAAUAUAUUUAAACCAAGAGACUGAAUCAAAAUGGAACCGAAGCAAAAAGCUAAUGCAACGAAUCGGUACUUGAUAAUAACAGUUAUAAUACUUGCAAGUGCAUGUGUAGGGCUGCUUGUAGGACUUUUAGUGGUUCUACAGAAAGAUCACAACACGCAAGAUGUAGUUCCUUGUGAUAUGGAAGAUAUAUUCAAAGCCGAAGAAGAACCUGAAAAUCCUGGUGUUUUUCACGACCUUACCAGAAAAGAAAUCGAAGGUCUUAAAAAGUAUCUGUACGAACAGACAGAUUUGGAUUUGGUGCACCCCAAGGAAAACAAGACAAAUGCUAACUACGUUUUUGUUGCAGAGUUACAUCUUCCAAAUAAGACAGAUGUUAUAGCUCAUCUUGAUAACGGAGCGGGACAGCCUCCACGUGAAGCAAAGGUCAUAGUUAUUCGUGGAAAACAACCAGACACAGGGAUAAAUGAGUUAGUGGUUGGUCCUUUGCCGACUCCAACAUACCACAAACCUCUUCCGGGUAUCAAUGCAACGUUGCCUUAUUUCUAUAGACCGAUGACAGAAGAAGAUUACGGGUCAGUUACAACUUCUAUCACUGACCAGGUUCAUGAAACACUUGGGAAUUUGAUAAAUAAUUGUUUUGAUGCGAAACUUAAAAACUGCGGAAAUAAGUGCAUUGGAUUUCUAUACGCUUCUUCUUUCUCUCCAGCAUCAAGCGGUGAACAAAAACGAAAAACUUGGUAUUGGCUGACAUAUGCCAUAGAAUACUAUACUCUUCAUCCUGUAGAUUUUUCUGUUCUAGCAAAUAUAAAACAAGACAGUGUAGAUAUUGAAGUUGUUUGGUUUAAGGGUAAUCAGUACAAAUCAAUGGAUGAGUUAGCAUCCUUGUUUAGAAAUGGAACCGUAAAAUGCGAUCCACAAACAUUUCCUAUUGUUGAUAAAAAACUUUUCUCUACUCUUCAUAGAAGAGGACCUUUUCCCGAAACGGCAAGAAACAAACGUAGCCCUGUAUUCGUUCAGCCUGACGGCCAACGAUAUACGAUCAACGGGAGACAUGUUAACUAUAUGCAAUGGUCGUUUGAUUUUCGUUUGUCCACUUCUUAUGGUCCACAAGUUUACGAUAUAAGGUUUAAUAAAAAGCGGAUUGUAUAUGAACUCGGCCUUCAAGAAGUGUCUGUGUUUUAUUCUGGACACAGUCCCCAACAACGCUUCUCAGACUAUAUGGAUUCCGCUGAACUUAUUGGACCAUCCGCUCAGGGUCUUGUGCCUGGCGUGGACUGUCCAAACCAUGCAACAUUCUAUGACACAAAACAUGUCACGGAAACGUCAGAAACUGCUGACGUCACCAAAAAUGUAUUUUGUUUAUUUGAAUUAAAUACCGGUGAACCACUAAGAAGGCAUCACUCGUACUACGAAUCAGAAGGUAAAUUCUACGAAGGUAUGGAAAACGUAGUUUUAGUUCUUAGAACAAUUGUAACAGUAGUAAAUUACGACUAUGUGCUAGACGUCCGGUUUUAUCAAAAUGGUGUUAUCGAAGUUAAAGGCAUGUCUACUGGUUAUGCUCUAACCAACGCUUUCUCUAAUAUGGAGAAGAAAUAUGGAUUUCAGUUACACGAUACGAUUGUUGCAAGCUUUCAUACACACAUGUUUAAUUUUAAAGCUGACUUGGAUGUAAAUGGACAAAGCAAUAGAUAUGAAACUAUAGACAUCAAAACUGAAACUGCACCAAAUGAAUUUUCAAAAUUAAAAAACUCAACGUACAGCCAGGGGUAUCUUGAAAAAUCAUUAAAAAGUACGGAAAAGGAUGCUGCUUACAAAUUCAACUUCGAUGCUCCAAAAUACCACAUAUUCUACAACAAUGAUGACCGGGAUAAAUAUGGAAAUCCAAUGGCGUACAGAAUCAUACAUAACGGAAUGGUAAAACAGAUAAUACCGGAAGGCCAUAACAAGGAACCAGCUAUAAGUUGGGCAAGGUACCAGCAUGCUGUAACUAAACAGAAGGACACCGAAGCUCAUAGUAGUUCAAUGUAUUCCAUGUUUGAUACAGACAAUCAAGUUGUCAACUUCCAGGGAUAUAUCGAUGACGAUGAAAGCAUUAAAGAUGAGGACCUCGUCUUAUGGGUGACUUUGGGUGUUCACCAUAUUCCUCACAAAGAAGAUCUACCGCUGACAACAACUACAGGACUUUCACCUAGUUUCUUAUUGCAACCGUAUAAUUACUUUUCCGAAGAUCCAGCAAUGUCUUCACCAAACGCAGUACGAAUGGAGCCGAGGAACUCUAAAGUGUUCAUUGAACGUUACGGAAUGUCUCGAGAAUCUAAAACCACGUGCGUUCCCAGAAAGACAAACUUUGAAGAACAAAUUGAAACACAGACGGAUAUUAUUUUCGAGAACUGAUUAAGUUUCGAUUUAUGUUUGUAUAAUAUGUAGCUAUGGACUUCUUUAAACUCGAAAUUUAAGUACACUUUUGCUUAUUAUUAAUAUAUAUUGCUAUUAGCCAUAUAAUUGUUCUUCUUUGAAAAUGAAAUUAUUUUAUAAGCAUAACAUUGUAUUCUCCGGCUAAUCCGAACAAAUACUUAAUUUAUUUUCAAUCUUGAUAACGCUGCUAACGCUAUGUAGAUAUAGUUCGAAUAAAUAAUGUAAACAAUUA